AUGAACUUUAUUUAUCUGGUGUCCUCAAUGUUAUCUGCAUUUCUAAAUUUGUCAGAGACCUCUCAGACAGAGGAGAGUGAAACUGAACUGGAGAAAAAGAAGCCAAAACUGAAAAAGACUAAACCAAAGAAAGCGAAGAAAGCUGUAAAGAAAAUCGAAGUGUCAGAUACCGAGGAGGAUGAGGAAGAAGAACAAUCACCAGAACCUCCCAAAAAGUCUGCCAAAAAGCCGAAGCCUCCAAAGAAGCCUGUGCGUAAAUCUAAGAAACGUGCAGAGCCUAUAUCUGAGGAGGAAGAAGAGUCUGAAGAAGAGCAGACAGAGAUAAGCCAGUCUGAGACUUCUCCUACAGAGGAGAGUAGUGAGACUGAGCCAGAGGAAAAGCAGCCGAAAAAGAAAAAGAUUAAACCAAAGAAAAAGAAGAAAGCUGCUAAGAAAAUAGAAGUGUCAGAGGAGGAAGAAGACUCAUCUUCUUCAUCUUCCACUGAGGAGGAGGAAGAAGAAGAAGAGGAAGAACCUCCCAAAAAGUCUGCCAAAAAGCCGAAGCCUCCCAAGAAGCCUGCGCGUAAAUCUAAGAAACGUGCAGAGCUUGAGGAGGAAGAAGAGGCUGAGGAAGAGCAGACAGAGACGAGCCAGUCUGAGACCUCUCAGAUAGAGGAGAGCGAGGCUGAGCCUGAGGAAGAGCAGCCAAAGAAGAAAAAAACUAAACCAAAGAAGAAAGAGAAAGCUGCUAAGAAAAGAGUAGAGGAGGCUGUUUCUGAAGCUGAAUUAGAGGAACAGCAACCAGAGACCAGCGAGAGCGAGAUUUCUCUGAAGGAGGACAAAUCUGCAUCGGAAACAGAAGAUGCAGAAACAGAGAAAGUCCAGUCAGAGGAUGAAGGAAUAACGAGAAAGCUCGAAAGGAAAGGUGCUAUAAGGAGGCACACAAGAAUGAGCAGAGAUGAUACAGACUCUGAGAGGCCUAAAGAGAGUAAGCAUCCUGAGCUUUCUGGUAAGGCUGCAGCAGAGGCAGAAGAACCUGCUGCGGAGGCUGAACCUGAAGCAGAAGAUGCAGAAAUCGAGAAAGACUCUCAGACGCCUAAAGAGUAUGUUUCCUUUCUGAUUUGUUUAAUGUGUAUAACUUAUAUUAUUGAAUUAUACAGCACAAACAUGUUACACAGUCCUUACAAAUUUUGCUCAUCGCUUAGUCCCAUUCAUAAUAAUAUUCAUUGGUCAGGUUCAUUAGCAGUCAGCGAAUCUGCUAAUAUAGCUUUGCUUGCUCAUAGCACUUAAUACCAGACACUGGAGGGCUGAUUCACUUAAGUGCGUUAAAACGUGCGCUAUUUAUAGCAUGCAGUAAUAUUUUUAGCGCGGCU